AUGUCUUUCCUGAGCGACGUCAAUACGAGUACGGCAGAACCAUGCGAACUCUCUCUUUUCACCGAUCCUCCCAAUCAAGUGGCUCUUCAAAAGAUAUACUUUACGGAAACUCGUCCCAUUUCGUCCUUCGACGCCGACGACGCUCUGCUCGAAUUUGCCAUCCCCAGAAGCGGAAACGAGUAUCUCGAUCUGAGAAGAAGUCGACUAUACUUAAAAGCCAAGAUCAUCAAAUCCGACGGCACGACCCUGGCCGGUUCAGAAAAGACCGGGAUCAUCAACCUACCUCUGCAGUCCCUGUUCUCGCAAAUCGACGUCUACAUGAAUGGCAAAUGCGUCACUCAGAACGCCAACAACUAUCCUUGGAAAGCUUACCUAAAAGUCCUCCUGUCCAACGGUCCGGCGGCCAGCAAAUCACAGUUGCAGACGCAGCUGUAUUAUCCCGAUCAAGAAGGUGUAGAAGACGCCAAUGCUGCCGGAGGAAGAAACCAAGGACUUCGGUCUCGCUACGUGUUUACGCAAUUGUCCCGCACCUUCGAUUUAGAAGGACCUCUGUACUUGGACUGUUUUUACUUGGACAAGUACCUCAUCAACGGCGUAGACUUACAGCUGAGACUAUUUCGUUCCCGCAACGAAUUCGUGGUGAUGAGUGCCGAAAGCAGUCCCAGUUACAAGGUCACUAUUUUAGACGCCGUCUUUAAGGCGUGUAAGAUUCGAGUAGAUAGCGCCGUCUUACUGAACCAUGCCGAGACCAUCACCAAGACAGCCGCCCGAUAUAACUACGUGAAAACGGACGUUAAGAUGACCACCAUCCCGGACAAGACGAGCGAAUUUUACUGGGACGACGUAUGGAACGGAAAACAACCGUCUAAAAUGUUUGUCACCUUUGUCAAACAGUCGGCCGUCAACGGAAGUUACACAGCCAAUCCCUUCAAUUUUGAGCACUUCAAACUCUCCGAAAUCGUGGUGACCGUCAACGGAGAACCCGUCCCCGUACGACCCAUGAGACUAGACUUUGGUGACGAUAAGAAUUACGUCACUGCACUCUGUAACCUCUACCAAUCGAGCGAAAAGUGGUACAAAGACGACGGAUUGAUUAUCGAUCGUGACCAGUUUUCCAAUGGAUAUGCCAUCUACGCUUUCGACCUCGUCCCUAACGACUUGGGAGAAGGGUAUAUAAACCUCGUUCAUCAGGAAAACGUAGGAGUGUAUGCUCGAUUCGCCGACGCGACCACGGAAACCGUCUGCGCCUUGGCUUACUGCGAAUGUCCCGGACUUUUGAUGAUCGACCACACCCGCGAAGUUCGACAAAUCUGA